AUGGUGAAGCUGGGAACCAAUCUGGCUGAUAAGAUGGAGAAGCAGCCGUCUGCAGAUGAUGGCUUUGAUAAUAUCCCCCUCAUCACUCCUCUGGAGGUUAGCCAGCUCCAGCACUCUUUUGCAGACAAGGUUAUAGUGAAGACGUCCACUCAAUACCAAUUGCAGCAGCAGAAAAAGAAGAACAAAAAGUUGUUUAUGCCCGGCAUCGACAAGCCAAGCAUCAACCUGUAUAAGGACGUCUCCGACAGAGCCAAGAUCACAGCCCUGAUACUCAUCAUGUUGGCCUUCCUAACUAGCCUUCUCCUCUUGCUCAUGUACAAAGCCAUGUGGUACGACCGUCUUACCUGCCCAGAGGGUUUCAUCCUUCAGCAAAAGCACUGCACUCCGGCCAGUCUGGAGAUAUUCUCCAGCGGGCAGCAGAAUCCCGCGGACAUCCCAGGCAGCAGCUCCGGGCUGAACGCUGUACUCAGCCGCCUCAACCACGUGAGGAGGAUGAGUCCUGAUAUGCCGUCGCCAUGGCUGCCGGUCAUCAGAGCUCUCAAGGAGACUGACGCCAGCAAACGUAAUAGCCAUUGAAUAUAAGGUCAACUGGAGGGAGAAGAGUAA